AUGGCCGAAGAGGGGAACGACCGAAGAUGCGGCGGGGCCGAGGAAUGGGCUGACCGAGAGCUCGAGGAUUUCCUGCGAGCGCCUCUCACUGGGUGCCUAUCCGAGGUUCCCGGUAUCGGACUUCGUGACUCUGGCCUACUAGGAGAGGGCGAAGGAGAUGACUGCAUCAAGAACACGUUCCAACUGAUCGGGAAGUUCUUGAUGUUGCGAGGAUCGAAUGAAGAAGAUGGAACGCUGGUACAGUACACGUUUGGUCGGACGCUGAAAUGA